GAAUUAUUUUAUAAACAUUUUCAUAUUGAUCAAUUAUUAAAACCAGAGGAUGUCAAUACACCAAAACCGGAUAAAAAAUCAAUUAUGAUGUAUGUUAUGUGUUUUUUUCAAGUUAUUGAAUCACAACAACAACAACAGCAGCAGCAGCAACAAUCAAUGGAUAUCGAUCAAUCCGGUAGCAAUAUUCCAAAACCAAAAUCACCAACAACAACAACAACAAAACAUCCUGGACAAUUAAGUAUUAAAAGACAAUUAAAUAUGCAAACAACGGGAAUAAAAUCAUCGUUAUUGGAUCAAUCAUCACCAACAUCAUCAGGUAAAAAAAUGAAACGUUCAAUUGGACAAUCAUCAUCAUCAUCAGGUAUACCUGUUUUAUCACCUGAUUAUCAACGACGUUUAUCUACUACAACAUCCACCACCACCAACACCAGCACUAUUUCUACCUCAACAACAGGUAGUAAUAUUGGUGGUGGUGGUGAUCAUCAUUUAUCAUCAUCAAAUGAUUCAAGUGGCAAUAAAACAACAAAAAAUGAUGAAAAAAUAUUAAAAGAAUAUGGUAAAAUGAUUGAAGAUUUAAUGACAUUAUUAUUAGAUGCUGAAGAUCGUUUAGAACAAAAACAAAAUGAUGAUCAUAAAAAAUUUCGUUUAGCUAAUUUUGAAUCAUCAUCAACAACAAAAGAAUCCCAAAACAAUAACAAAGUGUUAAUAGAAUCAUCAAUUGAUUUUAAUCAAUUAUUACAUAACAGAAUAAUGGCUACAAUUGAAAUGGCUGAAUAUGCAAAAUUACGUUUUAAUGAACAUGAACAAUUUUUAACUGAAAUGACAAAUUAUUCUGAACGUAUUAAUUAUGCAUUUGACCAGGGGAAAUUAUUGAUUGAAUCAAAUAAUAAUAAUUCAAAAACUACAAAAAAUAACAUACCUAAAUUACAAGAUUCAAGAUCAAUAUCUGAAGUAGUUGUACAAAUGAAAUUAUUAAAUCAACGUUAUAAUGAUUUACGUUCAAUAUCAAUAAAACAUCAACGUUAUUUACAGGAUAUGCUUUUACAAGCACAAAAUAGUCAAUUAGAAGAAUUACGUACAUUAAUGACAAAAACUGAACAAAGAAUAUCAUUAUUAAUACCGGAAAAAAUUAAUGAAAGUCCAUAUUCAUUUGAAUCAUUACAACAACAAAUCGAUACAUUUAAUCAAUUACAACAAACAAUGAAUUCUGAACAACAAUUAUUAAGUGAAAUAUCAAAAUUUGUUAUUGUUGAUAAUAAUAAUGAUGGAUUAUUAUCAGGUGUUGAUAAUCAACAAUUUAUAAAUAAUGAUAAUGAUUUUAUUGAUCAAUUAGAUGCAUUAAAUGAACGUUGGUCAACAGCAUGUCGUAUAACUGAAGAACGUGGUGAAUUUUUAAAAAAAUUAUAUGAAAAUUGGUUAGCAUUUAAUGAUGAACAAAAACGUCUGAAUGAUUGGUUUGAACGUCUUGAACGUCGUUUAGCUGAUAUUGAAGAAUCAGCUGAUGAAACAUUAGCUAAAAAACAAGCAACAAAACAGGAUAUACGUUUUUUAAAAAAUAUUCAACGUCAUUUAGAACGAAUGCGUACUGAUAUUGUUUAUGGACCGGAUCAAUUACAUCGUCGUAAACAAACAGAAUCAACAACAACAACAACAGAAUUAACCGAUGAAGAAGAAUUAAAAAGUUCACCAAUUUCCAAAAUAACCGGUUAUUCAUAUGCAUUAUUAAAAUUAGAUUCAAAAAGUGAUUCAAAACUAAGUCAAAAAAUUAUUAGAAAUGUUGAAAAUAUUGGUCGUAGAUGGGAAACAUUAAUUGGACAAAUUGAAUCAAUAGAAAAUACUGUACAAAAUCGUAUUGAUCGUUAUUCAUCAAUAAUUACGGAUGCUGAUGAUGCUGAUGAUGAUGAUCGGAAAUUAUCGAUGAUCGAUAAAGUGAAUCAAUCACCAUCACCACCUGUACCAAAACAACAACAACCAUCAAUGAAUAAAAUGAUUGAAUUAUCCAAUAGUAAUUAUUGUGAAUGGGAAAAUCUAGUCGAUUCAUUAAACAAAUGGAUCGAUUUGAUUGAAAAAAAUAAUUUACAAAAUUUAAAUAUUGAUCAAGAGAAAUUUAUCGAUCUGUUUUCGAUUGAUAAUCAUCAGGAUAGUGAUAUUGAUAUUGAAUCAAUCAAUCUGAUUGAUUUGGAAUCGUUCGAUGAACAACAAUCAAUUGAAUAUUGUUUGGAACAAUGUUCGCCAAAAUCUAGGCAGAACUUUUUACCAUUAUCAUCAUCAUCAUUAUCGAUGAUAAUUGAUAAAUUAUCGUUAAAUAAUCUGAGUAAUCAACAAUAUUCAUCAAUGAAACAGAUUGAAUUAUUUGAACAAGAUGAUCAAAUAUUAUUAGAUUUACAACAACAGAUAAAAUAUCGUUAUAAUUUAGAUUUUGUAAAAUUAAAUCAACUUUAUCAACAACAAUUAAUCAAUAAACAUGAUGAUAAUCAAUCAUCAACAUCGACAACAAAAUAUUAUGAACAAAUUGAAAAUCGUAUGAAAGAAUUAACUGAACGAUGGCAACAAUUUGAACAACAUAUCGAUUCAUUACGUAAACGUAUUGAAAUUCUAAAAUCAUUAAAUAAAUUACAUUAUGAAACGGAACAAAUGUUAAAUGUAUUGGAUAAAUAUCGUGAUAAAUUUGAACAAUUUUAUAAACAAUUAACAAACAGUAAUAGUAUGGAUCAACAACAAAUAAAACAACAAAUUGAAAUGUGUAAAAUAUCGAUUGAAAGUAAAUUGGAAAAAGUUAAACAAAUUAAUCGAUAUUUAAUUGAUUAUCGAAGGAAAAUGUCCGAAAUAUUUAUUUGUUGGCCAAAUUUAGAAUCGAUAAAUAUUUGGUAUCAUUAUCGAUCUAUAAAUCGAUUAUUAGAUGAUCCUAUUGAUUUUAAUCAACAAACAUUACAAAAACAAUCGAUUAUAAUUAUAAUUGAUAUUUUAAAAUUUGAAAGAAUCGUUUUAUUAAUGAAAAAUUUAUCAGAAUUAUUAUUGGCGCAAAUUAUUAAUGCUGCUGACAAAAAAGAUGUUGUUGUUGUUGUUGAAGAAGUUACAGAAUCAACUACAACAACAGCGAUUAUCGAUAGUCCAACAACAACAACAACAACUGCAAAAGCAGAUAAAGUUCGUAUUGCAAUCGAAGAAUUUAAUACAUGGUUAGCUAAAGUUAUUAAUAUGAUUGAUGAAUAUAAUGAUGAUGAUGAUGAUGAUGAUGAUUUGGUUGAUGAUAACCAAGAUAUAACUGAUGUUACCAAUUUGGAACAAGUUGAUAACAACGUUGUUGUCAAUUUGGAUAACAAUAAUCAAACACAAUCUCAAAUUAGUGAAUUACGACCAUCACAGCAACAACCUGGAUCAAAAUUACGUUCAUUUGCCGAUCUAGCUAAUGCAAUCGAUAGCCGUAUAUUUAUAUUGGCUGAUUUACAAAAAACUGUUGAUGAUGAACAACAAAAUUAUAGUUUUGCUUGUCGUCGUGCGGCUGAAUUUAUUUUUAGUAGUGAUAAUCAACAACCAAAUCAACAACAACAAAAUAUUGAACAAAAAGAAUUGAUUGAAAUUGAAAAUUUAUUAAUAAAAUUAAAUCCAUCGGAUUAUGAUGAACAAACUGGACAAUUAAUUUGUUCAAUACAAUCAUUAAUUGAACGUUGGUCAUUAUUAUUUGAUCGUUUUAAAACAUUAUUACCACAAUUAGAAAAUAUAUCACCAUCAAUAACAGUGUUGGAAACUGAAUUUUCACAAUUAUUAAAAUUUGUUGAAUCAUCGGAUCAAUUUCUAAAUGAAUCAAUUGCAAUUGGUGAUUUAGAAUCAUUGCAAUGUCAAUUAAUUGCAUGUCAAUGUUUAAAACAAUAUAUGCAAGGUACAGCGGAAGAAAAUUUUCAAACAAUCAUUAAUACAGCACAAAAAGCAUUGAAAUUAUUAUUAGGUAAUGAUUUUGAUUAUUAUGAUAUAAUACCAAUUAUACGUUAUAUUAAACAAACAUGGCAUAGUUUAUGUCAAAGAAUAUUAAAUAAAUUACAAAAAUUACAACAAGCUGAAAAUUUAACUGAAAAAUUAAUUCAUGAAAUUGAUAGUUAUAAUCAAUUAUUGAAUCGAUUAGAAGAUUCGACAAAAUUAUCAUCAAUUGAUCAACGUUUAUCGAUGAAUGAAUUACCACCACCAUUGCUUAUUGAAGAUGAUUAUGAUGAAAAUUCAACUGUAACGAAAAUGAUUGUAAAUGAUUGUUUGAUUUAUAAUUUACCAAAAAUUUAUCUAAAUCAAUUACAAAAAUUACAAAAUGAUUAUAAUGAAAAUAUAUUGAAUGGUAAUGAAUCAAUAAUAAAAUUAUUAUUAUCAUUAACAACCGAUAUAAAUAAUUAUCAAACAUUAGCAUUUGAACAAUUAAAUAAUCAAGCGAAAAUAUUGAUACCAAAACGUAUUGAAAAAUUACAACAAAUUUUACAACAAUAUCAAUAUAAUUUUGAUCAAUUAAUCGAUAUUUUACAACAAUUGGAGCGAUUAUUUAUGGAUGAACAGAAAUUUUCCAAAUUAAUAUCCAAUGAAUUUGAAAGAUUAAAACGUCGACAAAAAACUGUUGAAGAUAUGGAAGAUGCAUCACAAUUUAUUGAUCAAGUUGAAAAUUUAAUUCAAAAUUUUCAUGAUGAUAAUAAUGGUAAUAAUAAGAGACAAAAACGUUUAAAACAAAUUGAACAAUUAUUAAUGAAAGAUCAGAAAAUAAUGAAAUUUUUUCAACAAAUACCAACGAUUUCGACAAAAAUAUUGGAUAAAUAUCGAUUAGAAAUGAAAAAUAUUUACAAAUUUAAUGAUGAAAAUUUUCCUCAAAAAUUAGAAAAAUUAAUAGAAAGUACAAAUGAAUUUUUAGAUCAAUGUAGACAGGCUGAUCAAUCAAUUUGUAAUGUACAAGAAUGGCUGAAUGAAUUUCGUAAUAAUCAAUCAAUUAUUGAUUAUCAAAAUGAAAUUGAAACAAAACGUAAUGAUUUAUUUAAAAUACAACAAGAUUAUAUGAAAAAAUUUGAACAAUUAUCAUUUAAUGAAGCAUCAAAACGUUUACAAAAUAAAAUACAAUUUGUAAUGAAUAUUAUUGAUGAUUUAAUUAGACAACAACAGCAACAAAAAUUGACUACUAAUAACAGUAACAGCAACAACAAUAACGGUACCGGUUUAGGUGGAAAUAGAAAUUCAUCAUUACAGGAAUCAUCAAUUAAUAAACGCAAUUCAAAUCGAAAUUAUCAUCAUCAUCAUUUAGCAAUAAAUUCAAAAAUGAAUAUGGAUUCAGAAUUAUCAACAUUGGAAAAAGAUUUAGCUGAUUUAGGUUCAUCAAUUAAUGAAAUGGAAAUCAUAUUUGAUACAAAUAAUGAUAAUGAACAAACAAUACCAACAAUAUUAGAACAAUUAAUAAAAAUUGAUUGUCAUGAAUAUAAUACACAAUUAUCUGGUUUUAAAAAACGUUUUGAUUUCAUACGAAAAAUUGCACAACAAGAAAAAUUAAAUACAUUUCAACAAGGACGUUUAGAUUAUCUGGAUAAUACUUGUACAGCAUUAAUAAAAUCAUUAGAAUUUCGUAUAAAUGUUCUGAAUGAUUUAUUAAAAUUAUGUAAAGAUAUUAAUGAUAAUCUUUUAAGAUUAGAAUCAGAAGCUGAUCGUUUAAAACCAUUAUCGAUUAUUAUUGAUCAAAAUGAUGAUAAUCAACAACAACAACAACAAUUAAAACAAAAUUGUCGUAAAAUAUUAUCAGAUAUAUGUCAAUUGAAAGAAAAAUUAGAUAUCAGUUGUAUAAGACAUUCAGAUAUAUUGAUUGGUAUUGAAGAAGUUGGUUCUUGUUAUGAUGAAUUAUUAACAUUGAUUGCUGAACAUUAUGUACUUGAUGAUGAUGAUGAUGAUUUGGAUGAUAAUUUGAAUGAAGAAGAAGAAGAUCAUGAUGAUAAUGAUGAUCAAAUGGAAGAUUUAUCAACAUUACCACCACCAAAAGCAACAUCAACUGAUGAUAAUGAUAAUGAUGAAAAUAAGAUAAAAAUUGAUAAAUCUGUCAGGGAAAAAAAUCUAUUUGUCGAUACUGUUAAACCAUUAUCCGAACGUAUAAUUAAUAAUUUGAUUCUUGGUGAACCAGAUUUAGAUCCAAUAAAUUCAUAUUCAUUUCAAUCAUAUUUAAUUAAACUAAAACAAUUAGAACAAUGGAUUGAUUUAAUUGGACAACGUAAUAUUUUUGAAUUAUCUAAACGUAGAAAAUUGAAUCCAAAUCGUAUGUUUCCAUUUAUGUUAGAAGAUGAAUUAUAUGUACUGAAUAAACAUCUGAAUCAAUGUCGUAGUCAAUUGGAACAAUAUUUAUGUUUAGCAACAAUAACUGGUUUAACAUCACCCAAUCAAUCAACAACAACAAAUGAUAAAUGUUCAAUUCAUCAACCAUUUGAUAUUCCAUUGAAAUCAACAACAGCAACAUCGAUAAAUGAAAAUUAUGCAAUCGAAAUUGAAUGGCCAAUCGAUUGUUAUCGGAUACCAAAAUCAUUAUUAACAGAUGAUUGGUCAUCAAUGAUUAUCGAUCGUACAAAUGAUUGGGAUCAAAUUGUUUGUCAAUCCAUACAAUUAUUUAAAUUAUUAGAACAAAAAUUUGAUAAAUCAAAUUUGAUAUUUUUAAAAUUACAUCGUCAUCUGAAAUUAAUACAUGAAGAUACAAUACAAUUUAAUGUUGAAAUACGUAAAUUAAUUGAUUGGUUUGAAAAUGUUGAACUACAAAUCAAUAAUGGCCGUAUAACAAUGAUUACGGCUGAUCCAAAUCGUUUAGAUGAAUGUGAUUUAAAUAUAAAUGUUGUUGCUCGUACACAAUCAUUAUUAGUUACACAAUUACGUACACAUAUACAAUGUUUUGGUCGUUUAAAUGUUAUUUAUGAACGUAUUAUAAAACAUUUUACACCUGAAAUUGAUAAAAAUUUUCAACAAUAUUCAUUUGAUUUAAAAUCAUUAUUGGAUGCAAAAAAUCGUUUAAAACAUGAAAUGGAUAAAGUAACGAAUAAAUGGAAUUCAAUUGUACAUGAAUUAACAUGGCGUAGACAAUGUUUAUUGGAUAUUGCAUUGGCACGUACAACAGCAACCAUAAAUGGUUAUCCAUAUCGACCUGGUGAUGAUCCGGAUUUUGAUAAUCUUAUUAAAGAUGCUGUAAGACAUGAAUUGAAUACAAUCGAUAUGGAUGAUUAUGAUGAAAUUGUUGAACCAUUAAAACAAUUUGAAAAAUGGUUACAAGAUACUGAUAAUGAAUUGAUUAUAAUUACAACAAAAUUAUCAUCAUCAACAAAUACAAAUACAAAUACAAAUCGUAAUAAUAAUGAUAAUAAUAAUUCAAUGAUAACAAUACAUCGUCGUUUAAAAUCAAUUGAACAAUCAAUGUCAAAACAAUUUAUGAAUUGGAUGUUAUUAACCCGUCAGCCAUUUGUACAGCAAUUAAAUAUUGGUAAUAUUGAUGAUAAUCAACGUCGAAUAUUAUCGAAAAAAUUUGAAUCAAUUUCCAUUCGAUUAUAUCGAUUAGCAUAUUUUAUUGAAAUAUAUCUAACAAGUACAACAAAUAUUGGUCAAAUGAUACACAGUCAAUUAGAAUGGUUAUUAUUAUCAUUAGAACAUUUAUAUUUGAUUGACGAUUAUGUUUUCAAUCAACAACAACAAUCGAAUGAAUCAAUCAACAACAAUACAUUUCCAAUCGAAUCGAUUACAUUUCUGGAUAAUAUCCAUAAUCAAUUAAUCAAUCAUGAAAGACAAAUUAAACAAAUUGAAAUAUUAAUUGAAGAAUUACAACAAAAUUCAGAACAAAUUCAUCUGAAAAAUUAUCAAUUAGAUUGGAAAUUAUUACAGGAAUUUCAACAGAUAAAAUUUUUAUAUAAACAAUUAUCAACAAAACAAUUAAAUCAAUGGAUUAUAAAUGAAUUAUUUUAUAUUGAUUUAUUAUUGAUUAAAGUAUCGAUUAAUAAAUCAUCAUCAAUCAAUAUGAAUCAAACAACACCGACAACGAUGACAACAAUGACACCAUCAAAUUUGAUUAAAUUCAUUAUUCGCCGUACAGAGGAUCUACUUACUGAGCUACAUUUUUCUGUAUUCAUAUUACAACAAAUAUGGCUACAAUUAUCAUCAACAACAACAACUUCGACAACAACAAAUAUUGACGAACAACAACAUAUCAUUAAUCAACAACAACAACAAUCAAAACAACAACAACAACAAUCAUUGACAAUC